AUGUCCAUCGAACAAACCCCAACCAAAGGCUUGACCGGCAAAAUCUCCAACUUAGAAAUGUCUAAGGGAUCAUCAUUGACCGACAAAUUGGCCGCUGCCGCCGCUUCUAAAGAUGAAAGCGCAGCCCUCGACUCCUUGGUGGGUAAAGGCUCUGUUCCCAUGACCAAAGUGGAAUCGGAAAAACUUGACAGCGAACUUGCUGCUGCUGUGGAAGAACACAAGCAGUUCUUGGCAAACCACAAGGUUCACCGCCACAAAUUAAAGGCCCAGGAGAAGGAUGAGCCUUUGUUGGUGGAGAACAAGCGCCGUUUUGUGUUGUUCCCAAUCAAGUACAACGAGAUUUGGCAAAUGUACAAAAAAGCUGAAGCAUCUUUCUGGACUGCGGAAGAAAUUGACUUGUCGAAAGACAUCAACGACUGGAAGAACAGAAUGACUGACAAUGAGAGAUUCUUCAUCUCCAGAGUGUUGGCUUUCUUUGCUGCUUCGGACGGAAUUGUCAAUGAGAACUUGGUGGAGAACUUUUCUGCUGAGGUCCAGAUCCCAGAGGCCAAAUGCUUCUACGGAUUCCAGAUCAUGAUGGAAAACAUCCACUCGGAAACUUACUCUUUGUUGAUCGACUCCUACAUCAAAGACCCUAAAGAGGCUGACUUUUUGUUCAACGCUAUCGAAAACAUCCCUUGCAUUAAGAAGAAGGCCGAGUGGGCCUUGAGAUGGAUCGCAGACGACGAGGCCUUGUUUGCCGAAAGAUUGGUGGCCUUUGCUGCUGUCGAAGGUAUUUUCUUCUCUGGCUCGUUUGCCUCUAUCUUCUGGUUGAAGAAGAGGGGUUUGAUGCCUGGUCUUACGUUCUCCAACGAAUUGAUUUGCAGAGACGAAGGUUUGCACACUGACUUUGCCUGCUUGUUGUUCUCUCACUUGAACAACAGACCAAACCCAGCUAUCGUGGAGAAGAUUAUUACUGAGGCCGUCACUAUUGAAAAAGAAUACUUUACCGAUGCCUUGCCAGCAAGCUUGUUGGGAAUGAACUGUGACUUGAUGUGCCAAUACGUCGAGUUCGUUGCCGACAGAUUGCUUGUGGCCUUGGGUAACAAGAAGGUUUACAAUGUCACCAACCCAUUCGACUUUAUGGAGAACAUUUCCUUGGCAGGAAAGACCAACUUUUUCGAGAAGAGAGUUUCGGACUACCAGAAGGCUGGUGUCAUGGCACAGACCAACGAUGCCAGCGCCUCCAAGAACGCCUUCUCCUUCGACGAAGACUUUUAG